UUGCCGUUGACUUGGACAAGACUUUAACAAUGCACAACGUGCCUAUAGGAUUCCCGCACUUUAUCAGCCGCAUGUUUUGUCAAUGCAAAUUAGCAAAAGAACCCGGAUGUUCCAGUUUUUGCCGCUCCAGUGUGUGGGGUUGUCUACCGAAUACGGACGAAAUAUAUUGUACUUGGCUUCAUGUUGGGAAAUGUUUGGGUAUAAUGAUUCUCGUAGCAUGCGCGUUGCCACUGCCAUUUAUUAUACGACUUGGACUUUACUUUUUAUACGAACAGGACGAGGUAUUGCUGCGAAAGGCCGCGCUGCAUUCGUUGCACCUACAUGAAAAUUACGAAGAAAAUUUGCUUCAAUAUCUCACGCCCUUCCACCCAGCGCUUGUCUGUGCGUACCUGUUUUACUUUUUAUGUUGCACCGUAUAUUGUCUUGCCUACAAUAAUGUUAGAGGGACGGGAAUGGUGAGACGAAUUGUGAAGACGUCAUUCGAAGACUUAAUGGGAAUAAAGUACGGACAAGUGUUACAGAGACUGGUUGCCGUAGUGUUAUUGCCGUUAGAGAGGUUCGGCGUUUGUGGCUUCCUCUUUGGUCUCCUAUACUGGCCUGUUGUCGUUCCUGUGUGUCUCAUCAUGGUUCCGUUUUAUUGCCUCCCAACACUGUACCUCUCCAUAAGGAUGCUGUUUAAUUCACAGAUGUCGCUGCAACGCUUCAGAUCAAAACCGGACCAAGACAAGGGGCAAAGGUUCGAGAGGCCGUCAGGAAGUCAGUUAAAAAGGAAUCUGGUUCAUGGAAUGAAACGCGUUCAUAAUCUCCUUGGCAACAUGAACAUAACUCACAACGAUUCUGAGCAUCAUCACAAGUAUCGCCCCCACGUGCGUGAUAUGUCCUGUUACGGGAGAACGCGGAAGAUUGUUCUUCACCUUGCAGCUGCCUUCGUAUGCAUAUGCUUUCUUUAUUCAGUUCUCAUUAUGUUAGCAGAGAGUGCCUAUUUAGGUACGGAGGUAUUUGCCCUGACUUUGAUGGGGGCUAUCAUAAACGCUGGCACCACAUUGAAAUUCCUGUCCCUGGUGGCCCUGAUUGUUCUUUACGCCUACGACGCAUUAAAUGACGUAUACAAAACGUACCUAGAGCUAAACCAAAGCAUCGUGACGACAGUGUAUAAUUUGGCAAAUGAGGUUGCCUAUGGCGGUAUUGAGCAAGGUAGUUGGGAGACUAAUAAACCAAGAACGGCAUUUCAGCUGAACCUUGCUGAGCACAAGGUCGGCAAGAGGGAAAGUUACCAACCCGAUGGACUCUCCACCAAGGGAUCGAGGAGAAACCAUUACCAUGUGAACAAUCUCUGUCUGUUGAUGGAUUCCAACGACACUGCUCGUAUACCGAUAGACCUGUUUUACCGGAUGUGCGAAAUCGACAUCUCCCACUCCCCUGGACCGAUAGAGAGGAGGGUGUGGGGUGCGUUGGGGUACCUCUUUUUGAUCACCUUGUUCAUUGGGUUUGUGUUCAUAGUCGUGGGGACGUUUGGGAACCUGUAUAACAUUUCAACUACCAACCAAACUCUGGCAUCGCUGGCUGGGGGUGCACUGCCGUUCUUCCUGAGGAGCUUCUGCAAGCCGCCAAAGUUGGAUGGAAGCUACAAAACUGCGAUCAGCUUUAGGCGGCGAUUUGACGAAACCAUAGCCACCUACUCACAGUCGUGGCCCAUUGCAGAUUUAGAUGUGACCGAAGUGAAGGAACCCGAAGACGGUUCAUGCAGCGAAUGGGCGCCUAUUUGUUACGUCGACAGCGCGGUCGCUGUACAAGAAACGGGCGCUCCUGUACCAAUGAAGGAGCUGGUUGUCGAACAAAAACCAAGCAACUUGUUUGAUAGGCUCACCGACGCUAUACGGUCAGGUUUAGGGAGUAGAGGAAGCUUAGACAGUAUCUCAAGCUCUGAUGAUGACGGCAAGUCGAAUUCAUUGCUUGCAUUCAGUGGCGUGAGCUCCGUUGCUGACAUCACUUCCGGUGAGAACGGUGUUAUCUUUGACUUCGCAGACGGGUCCGUAACCAUGGUAGAUUCACGGCCUGAUAUACUGAUAAAAAUUGAUAAGCGAACUUUGGCCAAACUGAAUGGAAAUCACCCGGAUGUUAAACGGAAGUUACGCCAUCACUAUGAUGAAAUAGACCUAGGCAAUUCAGACGACGUACGCACAUUUAAUAAAAUAUCAGACAACAAUGACUGCGUUUCCAAUGAAUCGGAAGGCACCGAUUUGUAAAUGGUUGAAUUGUAUAUAAUAUUAAUAGUAGUGGUAGUAUAGGCCUAGGUUGAUUUUAUAACAAUCCUUUCUUACCGUUUUAAAAUGUUCACAAGUGAUAUGUGGGAAAGAACCCAUCGCGCCAACCAAUUGUUUUUUUUUUCCUUAAUCACACAGUAGUAGAAAACAUUUAAACUCUAAAUAAAUGGAGAGACUCCACCUGAGUGCUGCAUAAUUUAGCUUGUGCCUUGAACUGAAUAUAGAAAUGGAAGAAAAGCCAAAAAUUAAGAGAGAUAAUAUACAAACUAAUUUACCUGACAGAAAGAAAUAAUGAGAUUAAAUUCAUAAUAUACUGUUUCAACCAUCAACGAGUGUAAUAAUUGUCUAUAUGUAAUAUUUUUAUUUAUGUGAAAUCAUUUUAUUGAAAAUAAACUUUGAAGGGUGUCAUUUUUCCACCAAAUAUUAAUCAUUUUCCAAAUUUGUGUCCCACUUCUCUAAACGUAUAAACUGUACUUUACAAUAACUAUGAAUACCUGAUUGUUUAUUUAUGAACUGAUCAGAAAAAAAAACGUUUUGUCACAGUUUCUUUUAUUUUCUACGUCAGCUCAAAUUACAGCAUUUUUAUCAUAGUCAUAUCAACUUAGUGAAAAAUUAACGUUUGUGCCACAUGGAAAAUUGAAACACGUUUCGUUAUCUUUCAGUUUGGACACGUGAAAAUUUCCAUUAAAAUAAAUGUGCACCUUUUAAAGUAAGUGUUUAGCCAACAUUAUAAAAGUAAUAAAUACUGAUUAAUAAAUAAAGUAAGAAAAGGACAAAAAAGCUUCAUAAGCUGAUUGUACAUAUACUUCCAAAGCACACUGUGGCCUUAAUGUUAAAAAUGCGUGAUAAAAAUAAAAUUGCAUUGCACUUCUAUGUACAUCUUUACACUUUGAAUUUUCAAAAUAUGCUUUAAAAGUCUCUGAUAUGUGGAAAAUAAAACCAAACGCGAUUUUCAGCAAAGUGAACAUGGAAAACAAAUAGCUCCAAAAACGAGCGACACUGAAUAAUGCACUCAAAAACAUGCAAAGUAGGCCUAUAGACAUGCAAAUAGCCUAUGUAAGUUGCACAUAGCAGUUCACAAAUACAUAUUUCAUGGCAUUAAAAAUAUCUUCUUUUGUACAACACAGC